GCUUGGUGUACACUAAACUGGUGAACAGCCAUCGAGGAAAUUCUAGUUUUAUUGCAAUAACAUGUGCAAGCGCAGAAAUGUGAAGUUCGCAAUGGUAUGUUUCGAUUGAUAAGAGAAAAGCUGCAGAUCAGGACAGGUGUUUUUCUGAAGAUUCUGAAGGACCAAAAUAUGGCUUCCACCUCUUUGUUCACUGUCCGUUCGCUACCCGAUAACGACAGGCUGUCAAUGGAAUUCGACUACUCCCACAAUGGAGCAAGCUCUAAGCAAUUCCGCAUGGAGAGACUGAAAGAGGAGGAAUUGGGACAGACAUUAUCACGACUUAAAAAUUCAAUAGCUUCAAAAUUUAUGAAAAGGAAGAGAAAGAAAAACGAAGCUGAAAUUGAACAAGGAGAUAUUCAUUUAAAUUUCACCAUAAAUGGUGCUCAUUUUAACACAGAAAGCAAAAUCUGUGUAUCAGAGGCAUUGAAACAUGGGUCAGAAGUCAGCAUUAAUGAACAGAAAUACCAGGUAUCGGUUAACCCACCAACAGUUCUAAAGAUAGACCUCCCCAAAAGCAUGAUGUCAGGAUUCCCUGUGUUUCCAUUGGUGGAGUUACAGUUUGCUAAUUUGUCAGACUCUGACUACAAGUGGAAAAGUGUGCAUAAAGAUUUUCACCAUCUUAAAAUCUCCCAGCAGAAUGAGAGUAGAAAAUUUUUGUCCAAUGAUAGAUUGUACACUCCAACCAAUGCUGAUAUUGAUUGUAAGAUUGAGUUUAGCUGUGUUCCAAAGUUGGGUGAUAAAUCAGGGUUUGAGUCCACAGUGUUCAGUAAAGUGGAGGUAGAGGCAGGCCCAGGGAUCUGUCCAUUUGAGAUGAGACAUGUGUACACAACGGAGAUGACAGGUCCCACAAGUUGUAGAGUGAUGUCCUACAACAUACUCGCUGAUGCGUUCGCAGACACAGAGUUCACUAGGAAUGAGUUGUAUCCUUAUUGUGCUCCAUACGCAUUGUCUAUAGACUACAGGAAACAGCUCCUUCUGAAAGAAAUCCUUGGAUACAAUGCUGAUAUAAUUUGUCUUCAAGAAGUGGAUCGGAAAGUAUUUGACAAAUAUCUGUUGCCUGCGAUGGAGAUAAAUGGCUUUUCAGGGAUGUACCAAAUGAAAUCGGGGAAGAUACAAGAGGGAGAGGCCUUGUUUUACAGGAUGUCAAAGUUCAAGGUUGCAGAGGAACAUAACAUCGACAUAACACAAAGCUUGGAGGAGGAAGACUAUCAAGAUAUUCAGCAAAAAGUGGCGGAUCAUGAAAUCUUGUACGAGUUCUACAAAAAGAGAAAGAAUGUCUUACAAGUCUGUGUCCUGGAGUCCCUUACUGACCCACACAAGGCUGUCUGUGUGGCCAACACCCAUCUAUUCUUCCACAAAGAUUUUGAUCACAUCAGACUUCUCCAGGGGGCUGUUAGCAUCAGGCAUUUGGAAAAUGUGAUGAAAAGAUACAGAGAAAAGGGAGACAACAUUUCCUUAGUUUUUUGUGGAGACUUCAACGCCAAUCCCAAAAGUCCUUUACACAGAUUUCUGAGCAGAGGUCACAUCGAUCCCGAGGAAUACGAUUUACAAAUCAAAGAAACUGGAAAGAAAGUGACAAACUUUGACUUCUCCCACAGUUUUAAGCUGACCAGCGCCUGUGGUUAUCCGAGCUACACUAACUAUGUGGGCAGUUUUCAUGGACAACUGGACUAUGUGUUUGUGGAUGACAAUUUGGAAGUGGUCAAUGUAGUCCCUCCCCCUGAUCAUGAACUGGUCACUCAGCAUGUCGCUCUGCCCAGUAUCGUUUUUCCUUCAGAUCAUAUAGCACAGAUUUGUGAAGUUAGGUGGAAGUGAUUUUAAAAACUAUUGCAGAUUUUGGGAAAUUUGAACAGGUCUUAUAAAGUAUUUAAAGAUAUACCCUAGGUCUUUCAUUGAUAGUGUGCAAGGACAAAUAUUCAAAGAAAUUCUGUAGAAGUAUUGCUUUGUUUUAUAUCAAUUGUGCUCAUGACAGGGCACACGUCAUUCUAACUAGAAAUGGGGUCAAAGUUUGUGGUUUUGGGAUGGAUGUAUGUGGGGUAAUGAUUUUGUGGUGGGGUUAACGAUGUAGUGGUAAUUAAGGAAAUUGUUCAUUUCUUCAGUUUGUGGAGGAUUUUUUGUGGGUAUAUUUUGAGAUUCAUUCUGGCUACGAGUUUCAUUUAUAAUUAGAGUAAACUCAGUUAUAGCGAACCUGCAGGGCCAGCGAAAAACUGUUUGUUAAUAAUACCAAACUUUGUUUAAUAUAUCCAACAACAUUUUCGUUAUUUUCCUCCUGUUGAUGGAAUGAAUAUCACUUUGCCAUAAGUGUGGAUUCGUAAUAAGCAUGUUUAUUAUAACCGUGUUUUACUGUAUAACUGUUCUAGUUGGAAUGUAGCUGCAAUAAUGUAGCCCCUAUCCGAUUUUUUUAUUCCGAUGUUUUCAAGAUAGAAAAAAAAAAAUCGGAGAGGGCUGAAUUAUUGCAGCUAGUUGGAAUGAUGAACAACCUGCCAAGACCACAAUGGAAUGGGGCCGGUAUCACGAUAGUUAAUAAAAUAUUUUUUCCCACA